GUCCAGUGAGUCAGUCAGUCGUUGCAGUACGCUUCGCAUAGCAGGACACGAUCACGACUUUCACCGCCCUCCACCUUGUGUUCGCGGUCUUUUGUUUACGACCAUCAGCAGCGGGUACGUGAGGCGAAAAUUCGCAAGUGCACAUCCGACUGAAGUGACGUUUUUUUUUUUGUUGUGCUGGUACUGCAGUCCAGUGACACAGUUUUGGAGUUGAUGUUUUGCAGGAGACCAGACCAAUGUUCCUGAAUGAUAGAGAACAACGACAAAAAAUGAGCAACAUAUCGACCAGUCGAAUCUCACCGUCCACCAAACUAAAUGGAGUGUCCAACAUUCCAAAAAGGUCGUUGGUGCGACAGACAUCCACUCCAGCUUUCCAGUCAAAGAUCCCAGUCAACAAUCCAGAAGCUCACAAGUGGAGGAACAAAUUCGAGGAUUGUGACUUAAAGAGAAAAACACUUUUAUCCGAAAAAGAAAAACUUUUGAGGAAUUUUAACGACGUGAACAAGAAGUACCUGGACCUGCAAGUCAAACAUGAAUGUCUUGAAACUGAACUGUUCGAGAAAAAUGAAGAACACACCAAACUCACGAUGGCCUCCAAAAAUUUGUACAAAGAAUAUGAAAUAUUGAAGAAUCAGUACGAGACGGAAACGAGUGCAAUGACAAGGGCCUUAAAAGAUGCCUCGCAUUGGUACAAAGAAAACAAAGAGCUUAAAAGAAGAACUAUACUUUGUGACGAAGAUACCGUGGAUGAAGGUGUGGACUCUGGAGAGUCGACAUCUGAUUCGGAUAUUGAAAAUCUUAACAAAACCAUCAAACAACUCAGCACCGAAGUUGCCGAACUACAAACAGAAGUUGAUUCUCUGAAGGAAAGCGAAUUCCAGGCAAUCGAGCAAAAUUCCAAAUUGUCAGAAGAAUUGGAAUGUGAAAAGCAAAAGACCAAAACGUUGCAACAAGAGCUUGAAGAAAUGAAGAAAAAUAACGAGCAACUACUAAGAGUUUCGGAGAUGAUGAAGAAAGAACUCCAAGAACUCAAGGAACUUGACGAACAACAAAGAAACGAAGUCUUGGAGCUAAGACGCGAAUCGGAAAAUUACAAACGUGAAAGAAACGUAUUAGCCCAUCAAAGCACGUUACUUUUGCAAGGUCUAAAAGAGGAAAACGGUUCCGAAAUGAUGCUGCUGGAAGAAGUCGAAGAGCUUAAACGGACUUUGGAGGAGGAAAGGAACAAACAUGAAGAAGAACUAAAUGCAUUGCAAGAAAAAUUGGAGACCCAAGACAACUCCCAUACUGAAAUCUUGGAGGAAAGGUUGAAAAUCGUCGAAUCUGAACUGGAGGAGGCUGUUACACGAGCUGAAAAGGCGGAAGAAACCAUUAAACUUUUGAAGGCACCUCCACUUCCUCCUCCACCUCCACCACCGCCGGUCGUUCCGUCCGAACCACCGGUUGUCCCAAUAAGAGUUAAAAGAAGAUCCAGGAUUAACUUACAGGAUCUGGCGGAUACUAUUGGCGUACAUGACAAGGACAAAGACAAAGAAAAUGCUGCUGAUGCAAAGAAAGGUUCACCACCGGGCGUAAACGAGGAUAUUAUCAACGCCAUCAAGCUGGGCAACUUUACUUUGAAGAAAGCGAAAAAUAAAGAAGGGAAGAAAGAAAAGGAGAGCACUAAAGCGGUGUCGGAAAUUUUAAAUAUUCUGGGCAGUCUAAGGCGGGCACCGAAAAAAAGGCAGAGCCAGAUGUUUGGCGAUGUUCAGUUGUAAAAUUCUCAUUUACUUGUAUAUACUUAGGUUAAGGUUGACAUUUAUUGAGUUAUUUGUAUUUUGCCAUAUUUUUAUACACUUUUGUUUUAUAAUAUACCUUUAACAUAU